AUGGCGGUGGUGUUCGCGGUCAACGGCGAGCGCUUCGAGCUCCGCGACGGCGACGACCCGGGCGCCACCCUCCUCGACUUCCUCCGCUCACGCACCCGCUUCACCGGCCCCAAGCUCGGCUGCGGCGAAGGCGGGUGCGGCGCGUGCGCGGUGCUGCUCUCGACGUACGACGCGGCGGCGGACGAGGUGUCCCACGCCGCGGCGGCCUCCUGCCUCACCCUGGCGCACGGCCUCCACCACCGCGCGGUCACCACCACCGAGGGGCUCGGGAGCAGCCGGGACGGGCUCCACGCCGUGCACGCGCGCCUCGCGGGCUUCCACGCCUCGCAGUGCGGAUUCUGCACGCCCGGGAUGUGCAUGUCCCUCGCCGCCGCGCUGGCCGGCGCCGACGGCAAGGGGGCGGGCCCGCCUCCGCGGGAGGGCUUCUCCAGGCUCACCUCGGCCCAGGCGGAGCGCGCCGUCGCCGGCAACCUCUGCCGCUGCACGGGGUACCGCCCCAUCGCCGACGCCUGCAAGAGCUUCGCGGCGGACGUCGAUUUGGAGGACCUUGGACUCAACUCCUUCUGGAGAAAGGGUGACGCGCAUGUCUCCAAGUUGCCACCCUACAAGGAGGGGACCAUUGGUGCGUUCCCGGAAUUUCUCAAGGCUGAGAUCAGAGCCUCGCUGUCGCUGAGCACUCAUACGCCUGCCGCCUCAGAUAUGUCGACAAUGACCGGGAGCGAGAGCUCUUGGCAUCGGCCUCGGAGUGUGGAGGAGUACUAUAAGCUCAUAGCUUCCGACACAAGUGGCACAAAGGUGGUUGCGGCCAACACUUCUUCUGGUGUUUACAGGGAGCCAGAGCUGUAUGGUAGGUACAUUGACCUCAGACACAUUCCAGAGAUGAAUUCAGUAUCAAAUGAUACAGAGGGUGUUCGAAUUGGGGCUGCCACAUCCAUCUCUCGGGUUAUUGAGAUCUUAAGAACACAAGGUGAUGGCUGCACGGAUGUGAUCUUCGGUAAGAUUGCUGAUCACAUGGAAAAGGUGGCCUCUCAUUUUAUCCGGAACACGGCAACCUUGGGUGGAAAUCUGGUAAUGGCGCAAAGGGACGAGUUUCCCUCUGACAUUGCAACUAUCCUUCUUGCUGCUGGUUCAUCAGUGUGCAUCCAGGUAUCAUCAGAAAAGUUGAAUGUCACGUUGGAUGAGUUCCUGGAGAUGCCACCAUGUGACAACAACACACUGCUCUUAAGCGUUUUCAUUCCUCACUCUACUCCUGACAGUGUCUCAUCAAGUGCUGGGACUGUAAACAUGGCAGGAGAUAAGACAGCAAGUUCUCUGCUAUUUGAGACAUACCGAGCUGCUCCGCGCCCUCUUGGAAAUGCAGUUGCUUACCUUAACUCUGCUUUCUUCGCUCAAGUCUCCUCGGACGGAACUUCAGGAGGCUUGAUACUGGAGAAUCUACGGUUGGCUUUUGGUGCAUAUGGAACCCAACAUGCUAUCAGGGCUACAGAUGUUGAGAAGUGCUUAGUUGGUAAACCCGUUAGUGCAUCGCUCCUACUUGAAGCAUGCAGAGUUCUUAAGAAAACCAUUAUUCCAAAAGAAGGCACACCACAUUCUGCUUAUAGAUCAAGCUUGGCAGUUGCCUUUCUGUUUAGUUUUCUUUACCCAGCAACCAAAGGAAAUGUGAAGCCUGCAAAAGCAGUCCGUCUAAAUGACUUUGUAGCUUCUGGCACCAAUGGAAAUUCAAAUUCCCCACACAGUGUAAACCUCGAUGUUUCGCUUAAGGAAACUAAUUGUGUGAAAUCUGGUAUGUAUAACAAUGACCACAUACUUGACUCGUGCAAACAGAUUGUUGAAAUAAGUAAAGAUUAUCUCCCAGUUGGCAUACCAACCAAGAAAGUUGGAGCAGAACUCCAAGCCUCUGGUGAGGCUGUAUAUGUGGAUGACAUCCCUUCUCCGGAGGACUGCCUUUAUGGAGCAUUUAUAUAUAGCACAAAGCCUUUAGCUCAUGUGAAUAGCAUAGAGCUGGACCCUUCUCUCGAGCAGCUAAAAACUGUGAAAGUUAUCACUGUUAAAGAUAUUCCAAAAGAGGGUGCCAAUGUUGGGGCCAGCACUAUAUUUGGACCUGAAACUCUGUUUGGCGGUCCGCUUACUCAAUGUGCUGGGGAACCUCUUGGUGUUGUGGUUGCAGAAACACGAAAUUUUGCCAAUAUUGCUGCCAAACGAGCGGUAGUUAACUACAGCACAGAAACUUUGGAUACGCCAAUUUUAUCGAUAGAGGAGGCAGUCAGAAGAUGCAGUUAUUUUGAAACACCACCAUUUCUCCUUCCGCAAAAGAUUGGCGAAUUCUCCAAAGGGAUGGAAGAAGCUGAUCAGAAGAUCUACUCAGCUGAGGUGAAACUUAGUUCACAGUAUUACUUUUACAUGGAAACACAAACUGCUCUAGCCGUACCUGAUGAAGAUAAUUGCAUGGUGGUGUAUAGCUCAAGCCAAUGCCCUGAGGCAGUACAAAAUACCAUCGCACAAUGCCUCGGUUUACCUUGUCACAAUGUCCGUGUUAUCACUAGAAGAGUUGGUGGUGGCUUUGGAGGAAAAGCUGUUAGAUCUUUACCAGUGGCGACGGCCUGUGCACUUGCAGCUUUUAAGUUGCGUCGUCCUGUUCGCAUGUAUCUUGAUCGCAAGACUGACAUGAUCAUGACUGGAGGUCGGCAUCCCAUGAAAAUAUGCUAUUCAAUAGGAUUCAAAUCAGAUGGAAAGAUCACAGCAUUGCAUGUAGAUUUGUUCAUAAACGCGGGAAUGACCAUGGAUAUUAGUCCGACUAUUCCUCAUAAUUUCAUAGAGGCACUAAAGAAAUAUAACUGGGGUGCCUUUUCAUAUGAUGCAAAGAUCUGCAAAACAAACUUUUCAACGAGGUCUGCAAUGCGGGGCCCUGGGGAAGUGCAAGGUUCUUAUGUUGCUGAAGCUAUUAUCGAACAUGUGGCAUCAACUCUCUCUACUGAUGCUAAAUUGGUAAGGCAGAGAAAUAUUCACACAGUGGAGAGCCUUGCUUUGUUUCACAGUGAGUGCAUGGAAGAUGCCUUGGGGUAUACGCUUCCCUCUAUCUGCAAUCAAUUGACUGCAUCAGCAAAUUACCAACAUCGUUUGGAAAUGGUUCAGGCCUUCAACAAAAGCAGCCAGUGGAAAAAGCGGGGCCUUUCUUUUGUUACAAUAGCGCAUAAAGUUUCAUCUCGACCAACCCCUGGAAAAGUGUCUAUUCUUAACGAUGGAUCCAUUGUUGUUGAAGUUGGAGGCAUUGAGAUAGGCCAGGGGCUUUGGACAAAAGUGAAGCAGAUGGCAGCAUUUGGUCUUGGCCAGUUGUGGUCUGAUCAAAGUGAAGACCUGUUGGAAAGAGUAAGAGUUAUUCAAGCAGACACGUUAAGUGCUGUACAGGGAGGGUGGACUGCAGGGAGUACCACAUCAGAAAGCAGCUGUGAAGCAGUUCGUCGUGCCUGCAGUAUCAUGGUUGACAGGCUGAAACCUCUCAAGGAGAAAUUGCAAGAAAAGCAAGGGAGAGUUUCAUGGGAUGGACUAAUUUUACAGGCAAAAAUGGCUGCUGUGGAUUUAUCAGCAAGAGAAUACUACAUCCCUGGGGCUUCUGGUUCAUACCUGAACUAUGGAGCUGCUGCUAGUGAGGUAGAGAUUGAUCUUCUCACUGGAGCAACUACAAUUCUGCGUAGUGAUCUUAUAUAUGACUGUGGCCAGAGCUUAAAUCCUGCUGUGGACUUGGGGCAGGUGGAAGGAGCCUUCGUUCAGGGAAUUGGUUAUUUCAUGAGCGAGGAGUACGUCACCAAUUCGGAUGGGCUGGUUACCUCGGAUGGAACUUGGACAUACAAGAUCCCAACUGUGGACACCAUCCCUCGGCAGUUCAAUGUUGAGCUUCUUAACAGUGGAUUUCACAAAAACAGAGUGCUAUCUUCAAAAGCAUCUGGGGAGCCGCCUUUGUUUCUUGCAGCCUCAGUUCACUGUGCAACAAGGAAUGCGAUUGCCGCAGCAAGGAAGGAUAUCCACUGUUCUGUGUCAGGAUCUUCUUCGCCUUCCUUCUUUGAGUUAGAAGUUCCCGCAAUCAUGCCUGUGGUGAAGGAGAUGUGCGGCUUGGACAAUGUGGAGAAGUAUCUGAAAACUCUAGUCGGUCCCAAAUAAUAUUCUUCAUCCUUAGCACAUAAUUCUUCAAGAAACUCGUCAGCGCACUUUUUUCAUGGACCAUCUGCAGAGUAAAUUGUAACCCUACCAUUAAGAACUGUAAAGCAUACUUUCAAAGUUCAUAGUGAGAGUUAA